UUACACAAUUACUUUCGCAAAAACUGGAUUUUAAGAAUUAGGUGCACCUUGGGCAUUCAGUUCAUGUCUGCGAAGUCUUGCAACAUAUUUCAGAAGCAGCUCCAAACUUUGGAGGCCAAUCUGUCACUCUCUGCGAGGUAAAAAGUAUAUUUGAAUGCGGUAAAGAGACCAAUGAAGCAGAAAGUUUUUACGUCAGCCCCAAAUGUUUGCAUUUGCUUGCAUCAUGAUGCCAGACAUUUUGACCACUUUGUGGUCAACGGCGUGGUAUAUAAAAGCAAUUGCAGCCGGUGUCAUUUGAAUGGUAAAACGAUGCGAGAUGCAUGGUCAUUUUAAGUUGCUGCUGGUCCUGGGACUCCUGCUGACCUACGCGGCAGCCAAGAAGAAGGAGGCCUCAUCUUCCGAGGAGGAGGAAGGUGGCGACAAGUACGAGAAGAAGAAGUUCGGUGACGAGGAGCACAAGGGUGAGCACGGACACAAGGAGCACAAGGAAUGGGAGGAGGACGAGAAGAAGCACCAUGAGCUGGAAGACCACGAGCACCACCACGGCGACAAGGGAUCAAAGAAGAAGAAACACUACGACGAGAAGGAUGAGCAUGGCGAGAAGCAUGAACACGGCGCCCACAAGAAGGGCGGCAAACAUCAUCACAAAAAGAAGCACAAGAAGGGCCACAAGGAAUUAGAAUACCACAAGAAGUUCAAAAAGGAUGAGUACGUCAAGGAGAAGAAGUUCUACGAUGAUGAGCACAAGGGCGGCCAUCACAAGAAAUAUGGAAAGGAGCACCAUCAUCAUGCCGAGGAGCACGGCGAGCACAAGAAGGGCGAAAAGCACGAGGGCGGCAAGAAGAAGGGCCACAAGAAGCACCACGGCCACUACAAGAAGGGUCACCACGACGAGGACCACAAGAAGUACAAGAAGGAGCACAAGUACGGCGACAGCUUCGAGGAGAAGAAGGAGCACGGCGAGAAGGGCUCCAAGAAGCACGGCCACAAACACUACAAGAAAAAGGGCGGCAAGCAUUGAGCAGCCGAUGGGUCUCCCAUAAGCAAUGAUACAUGUGAUCUUUAUGUGAAAUGCAGAAUUAAAACUGGGAAAGGUCCUAAUAUUAUACUGUCUUGUGUUUCUUU